UAUUUCCAGAGUUUGAGAGUUUCAUUGAAAUAAAAAUGGUUCGCGAGGUUGGUGAUCGGGGCAGUUGUCUGCCAGUGGAAGAAGCCAUGAACGACUCUUUGCCUGCGGAAGCUGUUGCUGAAGAACCUGUUGAGUUGAUCCUCUCACCAGAUGACUCUGAUUCUGACUCAAUGGUGGAUAAAGGUGACGUGGAGAAUGUAAAGUUUUUAUUGAACCUGGGUGCGAAUGCGUCGCGGAAAGACGCACAAGGCCGAACGGCGUUUCACAUUGCUUGUGGUGCUGGGAGGUCAAGUGUGAUGAAGGAAUUGGUUGCGAGAGAUGAACUUGUUGACCCAGAGUUGCGGAAAGCGCGACGCGUGGAGUAUUCCCAAGCUGCGAAAUCGUGCCUUGAUGAAGUGGUUGAGCGGGCUGUGGAAACGCUCAUUGAUGGAGGACCAUUUGUGAUUCCCUCGAAAAUAGACGACAAAAUAAGAAAAGAAAUCGUUUGUGAAUUACCGGAGUUGACCGGAGCUUUCCAGCCUUGUGGAGAUUUGAGGAUCCAGAAUCCCAUUCUUAAGCCCCCAGUAGCCCCUGGUCGGUACAUCUCAGGAGGGAUGUUGGAUAUUGGCGAACAAUUAUGUCGUCCUGAACUGGGCCUAAGCUUCCUCGCAGGAGGGAAAACCCGUUUGAAGGACCUCCUCACAGUCACCGAAGAAGACCUGGAUGACCUCGGAAUCCGGAAAAUCGGCGACAGGAUCGCCUAUCUCGAAUUGCCCUGCAUCGCGUUGCGAACUGACUUCUCCGGCAAAUACCUGGAAGGCCGAAUUGAUCGUUACAAAUCACCCUACGGCCAGGAAAGCAUCGAGUAUUUGUCUGUCGCGUUGUCAAAGGCUCCUAUGGAUUUGGGGAAGCGAAGAAAAGUGUAUAGCGAUUACGUGAGGCAAGCUGUGGCUUCCACUUGUUUGCCGCUGUUGGAAGCGGAUACGCGCUGUGUGGCUCUGUGGUGUUCUGUGAUGGCGGCGCAUCAUGUGGUUGCGAGUCGGGCGUUGAAGACUAUGCAGGAAUUUGAAAAGGUGGACGAAGACAAGUUGCGAAUGUUGCGACAGUUGGCCAAAACGUUUGCCACAGACCUGAAUGCUGUGAUGGAAACCGUUGAAGAGACGAGGUUUAUUUUGAAACGGGAGCUUAGGAUAAAUCCGUUGAUCAAACAAGUGGAUAAAUUGAAGCCGCGAACUAAACGAUGGGCUCGACUCCAGCUGCGGACUGCAGAAGAUAUGUGGAUCAUCUUGUCGUUGUCGAAAAUUACGUUUGGCAUUUAUUUUGUCACAUUUGGACCGAGGAUUCAAGAACGAAGGUCGAGAUGGAUAAUUCUUCUGGUUUUCGUCGGGGAUGAAUCCCUUUGGGAUUUCCGUUUGUGUGGCAAGCAUUUUACUCGUGAUGGAAAACUGAAGGUAGACGAGUCUGCGGGAGCUGUGGAUAUCCAUGAGUACAAAUUACCGAGGAAAAGAGUUAUGAUUGCCGAGCCGAUUCACAGAUCGAAGCACGCGAAAACGUCUGCUGGCCACUUCUUCCGACAUUGUUGA